UGGAACUUUGCCCUGUCUCGAUUUGUGUAUAUAUAAACGUCGAUGAACCUCGCAUUUAAUCAAACACACUUGCAGUUCAUAACUCCCUCCUUUCACAGUUCAUCUAGUUCUGGUUUCUCUCUUCCCUCCAAACCUCUGACCUCAUCAUCCUCCAUCUACAGCUCACCUCUAUUGUUGUAUUCUCUCUCUUCCUUUCUCUGCUUUCCAUUCAGUUUCAAUUUCAUCAGCCUCUGUAUUUCCGUAGCUUCAGAUUCGAUACCUGGAUCUUUCCGUUUCCAUCAUAAUUCCUUGACCAAAACCACAAAAAAAAGCAUUCCCAGCAUGUAAUCUAAGCCUUUCCCAGAGAAUCCCAGAAAACCCAAUUCCAGAAAAACCCAAAAAAUAUUUGUUUUUUUUAUGAAUCAAUAGUCAUUUCCUAUCUUCAUUCAUAGUGUUUUAACCUGGCUCUCUUCCUCUCUUCUAUUCCUUAGAAACACAUUUAUAAAAGCAUUCACAGCAUGUAACUUUAGCCUUCCAAAAUCCAAUUUCUUCAUCCCGAAAAAAAAAAAAAAACAUUCAUUAGAUUUGUAGAUAUUUAUCCAUAGGAAUUCUCAGUUAUCCGUACUUGGUGUUAGUUACUCUGGCCUGGAUCACAGAGCUCGUGUAACAACAUCUUUAUAAAAACCUUCAAAUUAUGUAAUCCAAGCUCUCAUUCCUAUAACCCAGUUCCUCAAACCCCAAAAAAAAAAAAAAAAAAAAAAAUUGUUUUUUUAACUAUCCAAAAGAAAAAAUAAAAAAAAAAGAAAAGAAGCCAACCCAGUUCCGAGCAAGAAAUGCCGGAAUCUGAGCCAGGAACGCCGCCGGUGUCGGCGCCGGCGACACCGGGGACACCAGCUCCGCUGUUUUCAGGACUGGUCGGAAGAGUGGACUCGCUCUCGUAUGACCGGAAGUCAAUGCCGCGAUGCAAUAAGUGCUUGCCUGUGAAUGCUCCCACGUGGGGUCAACCUCACUCGUGCUUCACCGACUUCCCGACUCCCGAUGUCUCCCUCACCCGCAAGCUUGGAGCUGAGUUCGUGGGAACGUUCAUCCUGAUGUUUGCUGCUACGGCCGGACCUAUCGUGAACCAGAAGUACAAUGGAGCAGAGUCCCUUAUCGGAAAUGCAGCAUGCGCCGGACUUGGAGUGAUGAUCGUGAUUCUUUCCACGGGCCACAUCUCCGGUGCACACCUGAACCCGUCUCUCACCAUUGCUUUCGCCUGCCUGCGCCAUUUCCCGUGGACUCAAGUCCCUGCCUACAUAGCCGCCCAGGUCUCGGCAUCCAUCUGUGCUUGUUUUGCCCUCAAGGGGGUGUACCAUCCCUACAUGUCCGGCGGAGUCACGGUGCCAUCUGUGAGCGAUGGCCAGGCUUUUGCUCUUGAGUUCAUCAUCACUUUCAAUCUCCUGUUCGUGGUCACUGCUGUUGCUACCGAUACACGUGCAGUGGGAGAGUUGGCUGGUUUAGCUGUUGGGGCAACUGUCAUGCUAAACAUUCUUAUAGCUGGACCAUCAAGUGGCGGUUCGAUGAACCCUGUGCGAACUCUGGGCCCUGCCGUGGCCGCUGGAAACUAUAGGGCAUUGUGGAUAUACCUGGUGGCCCCCACGCUGGGUGCCCUGGCCGGGGCCGGAACCUACACAGCCGUGAAGCUUCAGGGCGACGAGAUAGGAGCUCCGACUCGUGAGGUCAGGAGCUUUCGUCGUUAACAAAGGCGAACACCAGAAACCUUGUGUAUAGAUAUAUAUAUAUAUAACAUCGUACAUAACUCCUCUUUGGCAUUCCGCCCGUCUCGUACUCCCAAGUCCAGGCGACGAGCCUCGAGUUUCAUAAGAAGAUAUGCAACGAUGGUAUGCAAGAAUUUCUGGCUCCAAUAAAAAACAUUUUAUCAUAGUGUGGACCACACUGUGUGGUUGUAUGUUAUACGAUUUGAUGUUGUGCUGUGAGAGGUUUGAGCUAGACUUUAUAAUAAGGCCACGGGGGCAAUGCAAUAUAUAGAAGGAUGUGACGCAAAGUCCAUGCUUUGCUUUUCAUUGUGUGAUUCUGUAAAGUUAUGUAUACUAUGUGCUAGCUACUGUGCUUGUGCUCGAUCAGUGUUGGUGUGCCCUAGCCUGUCUAUGUCCAUCAUCUCAGAAAGGUCCUUGUGGACGAUGGAACGUCGAGUUUGAAAUUUGGAUGGUAAGUGUUUGUCCGGGGACCCCGUGAGAAGACUUUGGAUCUUGGCUUCGUUGUAUUAAUAAUGCUUUCAUCAAUGUACUGGCAGAAUGAAUUGAUGCA